UUGCUAAAACGUUUUCAAAACAAUAGUCAUUUCAUCGUAGUAAUCUUUUUAUUUCUGUCAAUUUUUUCUGUCAUUUUAAAUUCAGCAUUAAAUUUCACUUGCAACACGCAGUGAAAAGGAAGUACUUUAAACUCAAAACGUGAUUAGCAUUGCAAUUGAGUUUCUCGUUGCACCAAAAUAGGAAGGGUGGCCAAAAUAUUUUUCACAACUACAAAUAUUGUCUACUCUAUGCUGAACGUUGAUAUAUAUACACGUACACACAAAUACUGACACUCAGCGCGUCGCUGUGACAUCUUAAGUAGAGAACUAUGCAGCGCCACUCUCUUAUUUAAAUGGUGAAAUAAAAAAAUAAAAAUUUAAAACAACAAUUGCUUAUGGGAAUAAAUAGCCAAGCCUUCAACUUCAAAAUUGUGUUGUCGACUCAAAACCUAGUGGGAGCGCGCGAGAGCGCCAACAAAAUUUCACUACCGUUGUUUCAAGCCAAUAUCAGUUAGCGCUUACCUGUUAUUUGUUGUUGUGACAUUAACAUUUUGCACGCAGCGCGCUCUCUCACAGCUUUUAACUUGCCAGCGAAUGUUUAUGUUUGUUAGUAGCCGUCGCAACAGCUUACUAUGUAAAUGUCGACAUUGUUGUUGUAAGUUGUUACCACUACUGGUAUGCCACUAAGAGGCUGCCACUAGUGUUUAGUCUUUGUUAUUGCUGUUAGUUUACGACUUUUAACAGUAUUGUAUUGAAAACAUUGUUAGCAGCAGCAGCAGCAGCAGCAACAGCAAUGCCAUCACCAACACCGACACUUUGAACACUGGCUUCUGCCAUUGUUCUCGCCUGCUGUCGAUUGUCGAUCGUCGUCUCGGUUGCCCGUUGCUUUUCAGUUUGUUAUUGUUGGCUCAUCGCUUUGGUUGUCUGCUUGUCUCUAGCGGUUGAUUAAAAAACAAAACCAUCGACCGACCGAUAUACACCUAACAACCAACAAAGACAAAGCAAACGGCAACCAACGACCAGGCGAUCGUUCGGAUCUUGCAUGCAUUUACCGUGCUACGCGCUUGCCAGUCGCUCUCACAUUUCGUGUAAACUCAGUCGCGGUGUGUGCGCGUAGUGUGCUACUGCUGCCGCGUCUAAUAACAACUCAAAUUGUGUUUUGAUUACGAAUUCUUUUGCUGUUCAUAUUCUAUUUCAAAGACAUAGUUACAUACAUACAUAUGUAUACAUAUAUGUAACAAUAGCGAGUAUUGUGCCACUAUUAUUUUAUUAUUAGAAAAAAAUUUUUUAUUCGUUGCUGGCUUUCCAUUUGGCCCAACACCUCGUCUGGUGCGGUUCGACGUUUGUCUAAGCGCAAUAUUCCCGUUUGCAUUUGUACUAACUUUUGUAAGCGCGGCGGUGUAAAUGUGUGUGCGCGCGCGCAGGCGUGUGUGUGUGUGUGUGUAUAGUGUGUUUAUGCGCCUCAGCGCAGUUUAGUUUAGUUCAGCUUAGUUACGCUGAGCUCAGCUUUUGCUAUUACGUUUUUGUUUUAAUAUCAAAACUUUUUCAGUUAGUACUCGUCUAAAUAUAUAUAUAUAUAUAUGUAUGUAUAUACAGCUUUGUUUUUGCUGGCUACUGCCCAUCGAAGCGCUACGCGCGGUGUGCCUCGCGUUUGCCAUUGAAUGUUAGCAGUGCUGCAGUGCGUAGCAACCAAAAGCAGCAAUAAAUUGAAUCAAAUCAAAGACAAAACAAAAAACAUUCUUUGCAAUCAUUGAUGUGCCAUUGUCGCUUGAAUAACGAGGUGCGCACGUCAGUUGUCAAAAAACUAUACAGCAAACAACAACAAACCUGGCAAAGGCAAUAACAUUUAUGCGCGGUGUCGUCAUCAUAGACAAACAGACCAAAUAUAAACAUUUAAUUCGCGCUACUAAGUGAAUACGUACAAUAAACAGCAGUAAAAACAACAGUGAAAACAAGAAAAAAACAACACCGUAGGAAUGUGGCGCAGCACACAUGUUAACGUUGACAUUACAAAUAAUGCUGGGAGUGGCGCUGCCGGCGCUGGUGGGGGCGGCAUACAACGCAGCUCAUCGACACAUUUUCAAAAAAAUCACCAGCAACAACAACAACAACAGCAUCAUGCACAUCAGUUACAUUACAAUGAUGGCACAACAGCAACAGCAACAACCACACAAACAACACCUGUCGGAGUGACCUCAAAGCAAAUGUCCCAAUUGCAACGCGAUCGUUUCUCCUCCUCACAGGCCAUACUACAAGAUGCCAUAGCCGAAUCAAAGAUAAGUUUGCAUGUGAAUUAUCGGCAUAGCGGCAUCAAUGGCAACACUGCUAGCAACAAUCACAACAACAAUAAUAGUGGUAACAAUAAAACGGAUCAUCACAGCGGUGCCAUAUCGGCACAGCCACGCCCGCGUCCCGUCUCCAUGUAUGAGCAGUAUCGUGCGCGGCCAUAUAGCGGCGCUUUGGACUCGCCAUCACCAUUAACGCCAGCGGCAGCGGCCGCUAUAGCGCUUGGCCGCAGCGAGAGUUUUUAUUUUGGUGAGAGCGCACAAAAUGUGGCCGCCUUGCGGCAACAACAUCAACAAUUGCAAUUUCAACACAACAGCAACAAUAAUAAGACAUAUCAACUGCAACAACAACAGCAACGUUAUGCUAAGCAAAUGCAGGCGUCAAACGCUGUUGCCGCCGUAAACGUUGGAAAAUCGCCAGCACGACGCGCAAAUCUGCGCCAAUCUCCUAGCGAACUGAAAGUGGAUCCUGAGCUAAUUUUUACGAAGCAAGAAAGGAUCGGGAAAGGUUCCUUCGGCGAGGUAUUCAAAGGCAUCGACAAUCGAACGCAACAGGUCGUGGCUAUCAAGAUAAUUGAUCUGGAAGAGGCGGAAGAUGAGAUCGAAGAUAUACAACAGGAAAUUAUGGUACUGUCACAAUGUGACUCACCGUUCGUUACGAAGUACUAUGGAUCGUACCUUAAGGGUACAAAGCUAUGGAUUAUUAUGGAGUAUUUAGGCGGCGGUUCGGCGCUGGAUCUAAUGAAAGCUGGUUCUUUCGAGGAAAUGCACAUCGCAAUAAUAUUGCGAGAAGUGCUCAAGGGUCUGGACUAUCUGCAUUCGGAACGUAAAUUACAUCGAGACAUCAAAGCGGCCAAUGUAUUGCUAAGCGAAAUGGGUGAUGUAAAGUUGGCUGAUUUCGGUGUUGCCGGCCAGUUAACGAACACAACGUCGAAACGUAAUACAUUCGUAGGUACGCCAUUUUGGAUGGCACCUGAAGUGAUAAAGCAAUCCAUGUACGAUUCCAAAGCGGACAUUUGGUCGCUGGGCAUUACGGCAAUUGAAUUGGCCAAGGGUGAACCGCCCAAUUCGGAGCUGCAUCCAAUGAGAGUUUUAUUUUUGAUACCGAAAAAUAAUCCUCCACAACUAACGGGAAAUUAUACGAAAUCGUUCAAAGAUUUUGUGGAAGCGUGCCUUAAUAAGGAUCCUGAAAAUAGACCGACAGCCAAGGAACUAUUGAAAUAUCCUUUUAUCAAGAAAGCCAAGAAGAACUCGUACCUUAUCGAUUUAAUUGAUCGUUAUAAAAAAUGGAAGCUGCAGAAGGGUGAUGAAAGCGAAACCGAAUCGGAGAAUUCAGAUUCUGACGAAUCGAAACCUGGCGGCAAUAAUGACGAACCAUGGAUAAUGACCGUUAAAGGGCUCAGCAUCAAUAAUGCACCACGCGAAUCGAUUGCAAAUAGCAGCUUUAAGGAGAUGGAACACAUGAAAAUAGCACAGAAAUUAUCACAAAGCAGCGGAGCAACGCCGUUAGCAAUUAAUGCGGCCAACAAACACUAUCCGGGUAGUGGCGCUACUUCGGUAGCGUUGUCACCGUCCGCCACAUCACAACAACAGCAAUUGCACGACAACAUGGCGGGCAGUCCGCCUGGCACAGCUAUGCUAUCAUCGUCAUCGUCCGCAGCUACGCAACGCGAUACCAACUUAAAUCACUACAAACAAGCAGCGGCCUCGGCUGGCGUUAUACGUUCAUCCAGCUCUAAUAUAACGCAUCAACCACUCAGUCCAACACAUAAGCAGUCGUCAGGUAGCCAAGAACUGCUAUCUUCCUCGAGUGGCAACAAUUCACCAAAUGCUGAUGGCAUGAAGAAAAUCAGCAGUAGCAGCAGCAGCAAUGCGGUCUUCCAGGAGUCCAAAUUGAACCUAAGACAGAGCCGUUCCGCUUCACUAGAUGACGAACACGAACAGCGACGCUCAUCGCUAAUCGAGCAUGCCAAAAGUGAAGAUCAACUGCGUGAAGAAGAGUCGCGUGCGCAGCGGCGUAGUAUGCAUGCCAGCGGCGUGUCAUCCAACUCGUCGCCGAUGCUUAGCUCUAGCUCGAGUGGUGGCAAUUACAAUGGCAAUGCAGCAUUGUCGAAUAGCAGUACGCAUGGUGAACGUUCAUCGUAUGGUGCGGCAUUGGAGGUGUCUGCAUCGGCGUCCGCCUCCGCCACAACUGUGUCGUCCAAUAAUUCCAAUCACAAAUUGGGUGGCAAUCGUGUGAUGCAGACGAAUAGCGCAUGUCUGAAUAAUUUCCUCUUUCCAGUCCUUACGGAUAUUCAACGAAAGUACGCCAAUUCAAGCAAAAAUUCAAACGUUACGGACAUUGGUGACUUAAAGUCAGUAUUGGAAUUGGCCGAGCGUAGCAGUCCAGGUGUCAGUGAUUUGUUCCUCAAAGAGAUAAUUCACAAAUUAGUUCCAGGCUAUUCAGAGACGCGUAUUAACAAUAUUAUGGACAGGGCUAUCAGAAAUAAGAAGUAAACGAACACAAUGGUACAUGGACUGAUUUUAAAUAAAAACAACAACAACAACAAAAUAUCUAAAUGUUAUGAUAUUUAAAUAAUAAAUAUACCAGAUUGGAGCGUUGGAACAUGUGCAUAUAGCAAAUAUUUUAGAAAUUGCGACAAAUGCGCAACUAAGCGAUAUAACUCUUUAAAAAGAAAAGAAAAAGUAACUCCAUACCUAAAUAAAUUUAAAUUUAUAUUUAAAAGAAAUUUAACAAAAAUUAUGAUAAAACCACAACAACAACAGUGUACUAAACCCGCAAUAUUGUUUGUUAUGAUAGUGUAAUAUUUAUUGGAUUCCAAAUAAAUCGUCGUCACACUGAUGCGUGCCGCGAUAAGCUGUUAGGUUCUCGUUUGAAGAUUAAUUAAUUGUAGAUAAUUUGAUGAAAUCAACUAUUGCAUACGAUGGUACAUUAAUUAGUGUGAAUGUAAAAUGCAAAAUACAUAUUAAAUUUAAACAAUUCUUAUAUUAACAAACAAAAA